AUGAAGGCCUCAAUCUUGUCCGCUGUGGCUAGCUUUGUUGCUAUUGCGGCUUGUCAGAACUCGACCAUCACUUCUUCUACCACUUCGCAUGCUGCAUCGGUCUCGUCGAGUUCUCCUUUUAUUCCAUCGACAUCAUCCACUCCCGCCUCUUCUAGCAUAUCCUCUUCGGGUACCGCAAUCACAGUCGCUCUCGAUGGUUCGGCUCAGUUCACCGCUAUCAAUGCUGCCGUCAACGCUGCUCAGAAUAGCGGCAUUCCUACAGUCGUUGUCAAAGCUGGCACCUACUCUGAGUCUAUUGCUAUCAGUGGAACUCAGACUGUGACUAUAAUCGGCCCAACCGCUAGUUCCGUCGCACAAAAUCAGGUCAACAUUGUUGCAAACAACGCCGUUGGAGUUGUGAGCAUUGCUACAGCCAAUACUCAGGGCAUCACCUUGAGGAACUUGAACUUGACCAACCCUGCGACAAGUGGACUUGCUCCUGCUGUAUCUAUCAGAGGCUCUAAGCAUGGGUUUUACACCUGCGCCUUUGUUUCCAGCAGUUCCGGUGUUUACUACUCUUCUCUCGGAACUUCUUUGAUUGCCAACAGCUACCUGGAGGGCACAGACAAGCUCUUCUACAACUAUCUUACUGCAUACGUCUAUGGAUCCACGAUUGUUCCCACCGCCAGCAGCGCGUCUAUCAUGUACGCCCAAGGUGUGGCCGCUGGUCUGUCCAACGCCGGUAACUCCACUCUCGUGGUUGACUCUAGCUCUGUGAUUCAGAAGGCUGGCAACACUAACACAUACGUCUAUCUUGCGGCACCCAAUACGAGUGGCAACUUUACCCAAGCUAUCUACCGCAACAGCAAUCUCGGAAGCUUGAUUGCACCAAGUGGAUUCAAGGGCACCACUUGCAGCUCUGCCGCUUUCUAUGGAGAGUUUUCUAACUUUGGCCCAGGGGCUUAUUCGGCCAAUGCACAGAGUAGGCCGGGGGCUGCGAUGUCCAAUUGUCUGUCGAUCAGGCUCCUCCUCUGUCUCAAGCUCCUCGUCUGCCUCGAGCUCCUCUGCCUCGAGCUCGUCUGCCUCGAGUUCCUCCAUCUUGAGCUCCUCUGCCGUGAGCUCCUCCAACAGUUCUUCAGCAUCAUCAACUAUGUCUACAACAACAUUUCUGCUGCUAUUGCCGCUAUUCCCAACGACAGCAAGCCUUACACCAUCUAUAUCAAACCUGGCGUAUACAACGAGCAGAUUAGCAUUACCAGAAAUGGUCAAGAUACAAUUCUCAAGUGGUCGCGGUACAAACUUGGGCCAGAACGAACAGACUCCUGUAAUCAAUUCAAAAAGACCAACGACAACUCUGGUCUGGCUUUGUACAAUAUUGAUUUCGCCAACACCUUUCCCCAAACUGCCAAUACCGCCGCUCUUGCAGCUGAUUUCUAUGGCAACAAUAUGGCCGCUUAUGGUUGUUCCUUCGUUGGUUUUCAAGAUACUCUUCUUGCCAACAAGGGCACCCAGGUUUUCUCGAACUCAUACGUUGAGGGCUCGAUCGAUUUCAUCUGGGGAUUCGGCACAGCAUACUUCUAUCGAUCUGUUAUCGCUUCGAACACUAAGGGCGCAUGUAUCGCUGCUCAAGGCCGUGUUGUGACGACUCCAGCUGCCUACAUCUUCGAUGAAUGUUUGGUCACAUACACCUCUACUUACGGAAGCACGUUUGCCGCUAGUUAUCUUGGUCGUCCUUAUAGCAAUUACUCGACAGUUGUCUACAAGAACAGCUACCUCGACAAGCACAUUAACGCUGCUGGCUGGCAGGUCUGGCAAACUGGAAAUCCUCAGACUUCCAACGUCGUAUUUGGAGAGUAUAACAACACUGGUCCCGGAGCAUGGGUCUCAGGAACUGCCCGUGUCUCCUUUGCAACCAACAUGACCGACGAUCAGGCCGCGGGCUACAGUCUCUCAACUUGGGUUGGCGACACCAGCUUCAUUGAUCAGGCUGCAUGGAAUUACGAGCCGUCUUGGAGCUUCCCUGCAUCCACGACCACCGGCAGCGCUAGCAGCACUUCCUCAGGUGUUCCUGGACCUACUAGUACUUCAUCGAUCAAUAUCCAUCCUAACAGUGGUAGCGUUCCUCCUCAGUACGCAGUGAUCGUUUCGGCUGAUGGUCAAUACAAUGCUUCGUUCACAAACUUGACCGCUGCUCUCGCUUCUCUGCCUAAUGAUAGUACCAACCAGACCAUCUUCCUCUAUGCAGGCUCUUACAACGAGCAGAUCCCUUCAAUCAAUCGCCCAGGUGCCGUUCGUGUUAUCGGCUACACUUCUGGUAGCCCCGGACAGAGCUACAAGGAUAACUCUGUCACCGUGACAUUUGCACGUGGUCUUUCGGUGUCCCCUCUACCCGCCGGCCACAACGAUGCGGAAACUGCGACCGUCGCUACUGCCUCCAAUAGAAUCUCAUUCUACAACAUCAACUUCAUCAACUCUGAUAAUCUUGAUGGACUGGAGCCGAACUACGUAACAUUGGCCGCCUCGAUCUAUGGCAACGACAUUGGUUUCUACGGAUGCUCCUUCCAAGGCUGGCAGGAUACUCUCCUUACUGGUGCAACUGCUGGCUACCAGUAUUAUGAAUCCUGCUACAUCUCUGGAGCCAUUGACUUCAUCUGGGGUUAUUCGAAGAGUUUCUUUAAGGGGUGCACUAUCGGCGCUAAAAGACAAAAGUCUGCUAUGACUGCUCAGAGCCGUGCUUCUGCUUCCGCCAUUGGUGGUUAUAUCUUCGACCAGUGCUUGUUCACGGCUGCCACUGACGCAACGGUUGACCUUACCGGUACAGUCUACCUCGGUCGUCCUUACUCCGCUUAUGCACUUGUUGUUGUCAAGAAUUCUUACCUUGAUGACUUGAUCAACCCAUCAGGAUGGAAAACUUGGUCGGCUACCGACCCUCGCACUGACCAUAUCACCUUUGCCGAGUACAACAAUGUCGGUCCUGGCUCUUGGGCAAACAAUGUCGCUGCACGUCAAGCUUUCGGCAAUGCCACUCUUUUGACAUCUGAUACCUAUUCUCUGGAGGCAGUCAUGGAUGACACUGCUUGGAUCGACAAGACUUACUGGAAUUCGAUCGUUACACCUGAACCUGCCGUAGUCAAUACCACCACCCCUACCAACGUCACAGUCUCCGGAUCGAGCUCUUACAACGGUACUGUGCCUCCUACUGGUGCUCUCAUCGUUUCUAAGAACGCGAUUGAUGGUGUUACUACUUACGAUACAAUUCAAGGCGCUCUUAAUGCUGCACCCACCUCGAGCAAGACCAACGCUACCAUCUUCAUCUACCCCGGUGUCUACCAAGAACAGCUGAUCGUCAACAAGAGCGGCACUACCAUCUUCAUGGGCUAUUCUGACUCGACCGAUGAUUACAACAAGAACCAGGUCACCAUCCAGCAGUCUUAUGGCGAAGAUACCCAGGGCACUGGAAGCGAUGUGGACGCUGCUACUGUCUACGCCACUGGAAACUAUUUCUAUGCCUACAAUGUCAACUUUAGAAACAACAAUGGCACACAGCAAAAUAUCGCCUCUCUCGGUUUUGCGGUCAAGAGCAGCAAGUAUGCCUUCAUGCACGGCUGUCAGAUCUAUGGUAACCAAGAUACUCUGUACAUUUCCGGAAACAUGUUUACAUUCAAGAGUUACAUCGAGGGUAACGUUGAUUUCAUCUUCGGUGCUGGAUCUGGUUACUUCCUCAACUCGACCAUUUCACCCAAUGAGGAUGGUGAUUCCAUUACUGCUGCUAAGCGUGCAACCAACACUACAUCUGCUGGCUUCGUCUUUGACCAGUGUUCUAUAGUGCCUGCUGCAGGCUCUUCUGGAUUUAAGAAUGUUUCACUAGGACGUCCCUGGAACAACUUCGCUCGUGUGCUCUAUGCUGGCUGUUAUCUCGAUGGUUCAGUUGGCUCGGCAGGUUGGACUCAGUGGAGCAAGUCUUCGCCUCAGACUGAUGGUGUUACCUUUGCCGAAUACCACAACUUUGGCCCUGGAAGCAAUACUUGCAACCGUGCCAGCUUCUCGCAGCAGCUAUCUGAUGCCGAUGCCGCUCAAUUCCAGUUGGCUAACUUCUUCCCCACCACUUCAUGGAUUGAUUUCUCUGUCGUCGAUGUUCAACCUUUCACCGCUGGCUUCGGCUCUGCUCCCGCUGGAUGCAUUAGUUCCACAUCUUCCUCCAUCCUUCCAACAUUGUCAAGCACCAGCUCUAUAACAUUGCCUUUGGCCACGACCCAGAUCACCACAACCAUCAUCCAGAAAGCAACCACCUAUACCACAGUGGUGCAAGGAGAUGUCACAUCGACCGCCGUGACCUACGUCACCGAGAAUGAUGGCACUACAGUGACCCCCGACCCUAUUCUCAAAACCUCAAUCGUCAAGUCGACUAGUGUUGUGACUUCUACAACAACCAAGGCAGGCAAGACGACUACAGUCAAGUCUACCUCGGUUCUUCUGGCUACUGCUACCGCCUCUGCGAAGGAUGUUACCGUCAAGCAGACCUCGGUCGUCUCGAGCGAAACAACCAUUGCAGGCAAGGAUACCACCAUCAAGAGUACGGAGAUCGAUUACUUUACGACUACUGUUGCUGGUAAAACUUCGACCGUCAAGGCAACUAGCACCGUCCUUGUCACCUCAACAUCCUCCCCAAAGCCAAUCACUGUUACUGAGAACAUCGGCGCUCUGGUGACGAUUUACCAAACUUCGACCAUGAAGGGUUCAACUAUCAGCAGUGUCACUACGAUUCAAGCGCCGGACGUCACAUCUUCAACAACUCUCAAGCCAUCGACUAUAACCGUCUCGAGCUUCUCGAUCAAAACAACCACGAAGGGAACAACCAUUACCGCUUCGUGUGUACCUACUGCAGAUGCUGCCAGACUUUUCAAGAGAGGGCUUGAGGCUCGUGCUGCUGGAACUACUACAAUCUAUGUCAGCACUACAGUGACCUCAUACGUCAAGACCUCAGUCUUCACCAGUGCAGGAUCAACCAUCUACACUAGUGUGACAAGUACUAGCACUAUUGCAGCGACCAGCACACUCAAAGCGGCUACUUCAACAGUUCUGAGCACUUCGCUUGCAACGUCGAUUCAAGUCAUCACUGAGAGUGCUGACGCCGCAACCUCGACCUCGGUGAUUCUGUCAACUUCGGUCACCACAGAAACCAUUGCAGGAUCUACCCUAACCAGUCUUGCAUACAGUACUACAUUCGAUACUGUUUCUCCGCCUGGAAGCACUUACUACAGCGUUGCAACCGUCAGCUCAACUGAGAGUAUCUCUGCAUCAGCGACCACCGUGACAAGCUUCAAGCUCGUUUCUAGCACCACUGUCAUCACUGCCGAGCAGUCCACAUUGACAAUUACCAAUUCCGCAGAUUCGACGACUACGAUUCAGACCACGCUCCCAGCGUCUACUACGACGGUCUUCAAGACUAGCUCGCUGAAGGGCAGCACGGUCAAGGUUUCUGUGACACCUGAGCCUACAACCAAGACGACGGUUGUGAAGAGCACAUCUACAGUCUUUACCACCGUCACAAAGACUGCAAAGAAUGCACCUGCUUGUACAGAUUAG